GAGAAGUUGGCGUGUGUUGGAAAGAGACAAGCCAGUCCAAAAGAAAGAAAUGGAGUCGAAGAAACUGAGAAAACCAAGUCGUUUAAAAACAAGUUAAGAGGAUAGAAAACGAAGGCAACAUGGUCAAGGCAAGCUAAAACCUCUGAGCCCUUGAAAAUUAAGCUCAAACAAGCAAAGAAAAGAAUUCAUCUUCUUCGUAUAUUUCCUCCCUCUCUAUCUCAUUCCGAAAUUCUUAAGACUCUCCCCGUCUGUCUCCCCUCUCUUUCUUUCUCUCUUCAUGGCAACGUUUUUAAGAAGAGUUGUUGUGAUGAUUCAUGUUUUCGUUCUACUUUCUCUCUGGUUUUCAGAUUAUGGUUUUCUACACGGAGUUACUUCUCUAGGCAUCAACUAUGGUCAAGUUGGCAACAAUUUGCCUCCACCCGACAGGGUUCUUGAUCUCUUAAGCUCCCUUAAGCUCACAAAAGCAAGAAUCUACGACACCAAUCCUCAAAUUUUAACAACAUUUGCCCACUCUAACAUUGAGCUUAUUGUCACAGUCGAAAACCAAAUGCUACCAGUCGUAAUGGAUCCCCAACAAGCACUUCAAUGGGUGAGUACCCACAUCAUGCCAUAUUUUCCGGCCACAAAGAUCACCGGAAUCGCUGUGGGAAAUGAAGUCUUCACUGACGAUGACACAUCAUUAAUAGGAUACCUCGUCCCUGCCAUAGUGAGCAUUCAUGGUGCUUUAGUUCAAUUAGGCCUAGAUAAGUACAUUCAGGUUUCGACACCCAAUUCAUUAGCAGUUCUUGAACAAUCUUACCCUCCUUCAGCUGGUAGUUUCAAGAGUGAGGUCUCCGGAGUCAUGUCACAACUUUUGCAGUUUUUGUCGAGCACCGGUUCUCCAUUUUGGAUCAAUGCCUACCCAUAUUUUGCUUACAAAGAUGCCCCAAACAAGAUUUCCCUGGACUAUGUUCUUUUCAACAGAAAUCCAGGAAUGGUCGAUCCGUACACCAAACUACACUAUGACAACAUGUUAUAUGCACAGGUAGAUGCUGUUGUUUGUGCCAUGUUUAGGAUGGGUUAUGGUGGGAUCGAGGUUAGAGUUUCUGAGACGGGGUGGCCAUCCAAAGGGGACUCUGAUGAAAUUGGAGCAACCGUCCAGAAUGCAGCUGUUUACAACAGGAAUUUGUUGAGAAGGCAAAUGAGCAAUGAAGGGACACCUCUGAGACCAAACAUGAGGUUAGAAGUGUAUUUGUUUGCUCUGUUCAAUGAGGACAUGAAGCCUGGGCCGACUUCAGAAAGGAACUACGGUCUUUUUCAACCUGAUGGAACCAUAGCUUACAAUGUGGGGCUGUCAGCCUUGGCCACUACUUCAUCAACAUCCUCAGCUUCCAUUUCUCUUACUUCCUCUGCGACCAAGGCCGCAAAUAUGGAAUAUCAAAGCUUGGUGUACUGGAUGUUUGUGUAUUUGCUGACUUUCCACGUUUUUAUGAGAAGACUACAUUAAGCAAAUGGGAGUGAACGUAAAUUUUAUAUAUUGGUAAGAGAAAAAUUGGGGCUUUCCUUUUUUAGGUCUUUUGUCCUUCCUGAAGAAAACAACAAUGACAAGGCCAAAGGUAUCCCAAUUUUGCACAAGUUAACCACCAAAGAACCUUUCUCCCAAACCCGAUGAUUGUUUCAUGAGCAUCCUUUCAACAUACAUGUUCAACAAAGGAUCAAAGUAACCAUCAUGAUCAAACGGGUAUAAUUACAUAACAUACCCUUUGUGAAUUGUGUUGAUUAUUUGUUGAUCGUGUUGAAGAAUGGAGCAGAU